UCCGUUUGAGUACAGUAGCCGAGUAGCGUACAUGUGGUGCGGGAGAAGCAUACCAACUUCCAUUGCUUCACUCUCUGUGUCUGUGCUAAAACCCUGCAAACUAAAACCCUACUCCUGUAACUACACCUUUGCAGAAACCCUAACCAUGAAGACGCCCGAAGAAGCGGAUGUUGGCAUCUUCUGUUACAUCUCUCAGCUUCCUGGUUUUCGUGGCGUAUUGAAACAAAGGUAUUCUGAUUUCAUCGUUAACGAAGUAGAUUCCGAUGGAAAUGUUGUUCAUUUGACCUCUCUGGAUGCCCCUCCGGAGACUUUGGAGAAUAAAGAAAAGGAGAAGGAGAAGGAGAAGGAGAAGGGGAAGAAGGAAAAGGAAACUUCUGAUCAAAACGAUAAAUGUUAUGCCGCUGAAAUCGAAUUGUUUAGGUCUCUUGCUGGUGAUUCUGAUGCUGAAUCUUUGAAAGCUUAUAUAGAUCAAACCAUAUCUGGUGGUGACAGUGACAUUAACCCGGUUACCCUUUCUCCGGAUUCAGAUAAGGCCCAUAGGACGGCGGUUCAUAAUUUCUUCAAGGAGCAUUUCAAAUUCCUUGUCACAGACACAGUUGAUGGACCAGAUUCCACAUCAAAAUGCAUUCGGGUGAGGAUUAGCUCAGGAGGGCAACAUAAUAAUGGUCGGAACUCAAGGAAACGGAAAGAUAGGAGUGAUAAGCCAUUUGACAGCCGAGGUUCAAAUGAUUGGCCAGAGCAUGUUGGUAAAUUCCUCAGGUUUCAUCUCUACAAGGAGAAUAAGGAUACACAAGAGGCUUUAGGGCUGAUAGGAAAGAUGCUUGGUAUCCAGCAAAGAUCAUUUGGAUUUGCAGGUACAAAAGAUAAGCGCUCUGUGUCGACCCAAAGGGUAACGGUUUUCAAGCAACAUGCAAGAAGAUUAGCUGCUCUCAAUGACCGGCUGAUCGGUAUCAAAGUUGGAGAUUUUUUCCACAUUGGAGAAGGACUUCUUCUUGGGCAGCUCCUAGGAAAUCGGUUCACAAUUACAUUGAGAGGAGUAAUUGCAGAUUCUGAAGAUACUAUAAAAGCAGCUGCAGAUGCUUUAGGAAAGAAGGGGUUCAUAAAUUACUUUGGUUUGCAAGUCCUCAAGACCCAAGUGUCACUGAUUUUUGUCACUGAUGUUCUGAAAUUAACUUGUGGAACUGAUAUGCGAAUGGAUUUUCAGCGUUUUGGAAGUGGCUCUGUACCAACUCAUCUCAUUGGGGCAGCACUACUUCGUGGAGAGUGGAAAACUGCUGCAAGCAUGAUUCUUGAUCCAAGAGAGGGGGAACGUGAGGCCAUCAGGAAGGUGCGUGAAUUCUAUAAGGAAAAUGGGGAUAUUGAGGGGACCCUCAGGCAACUGCCCCGCCAUUUGGUUGCUGAGAAGGCUAUACUUCAGUGUUUGAAGAAAUGUCCUGGGAACUACUUGCAGGCCCUGAAGUCUAUUCCAAGGACUUUGAGAAUGAUGUAUGUGCAUAGUUACCAAAGUUACCUGUGGAAUCAUGCAGCAAGUGUUAGAGUGCAAAAACAUGGAAUUGACCAAGUAGUGCCUGGAGAUCUGGUGUAUUGUAAACAAGCUCCUACCGACACACUGACAGAAGCUCUUAAUCCCGAAAUUGAGGAAGAUAAUGAAAUUGAUUUUAGCCAUAUAGAUGAGAUCUCAGGACCAACACCUCCUGUAGGAAAGGAUACUCCUGUAAAGAUCUUGAAUGCAGAGGAUCUACUUGGAGAUGGCUAUAAAAUUGAUGAUGUCAUACUCCCGUUGCCUGGUUCAAGGGUGCUCUAUCCAACGAAUGACAUUGCUGAAGUUUAUCAUGAUCUAGCAAAGAAGGAUGGUAUUAGCUUGACUAAGUGUGAACACAACAUCAAGGAAUUCUCAAUGACCAGUAUGACUGGUGGUUAUAGACGGGUUUUUCAGAAGCCUAUUGAUUUUGAAUGGGAACUGCUCCACUAUACAGAUAUCAAUGUACCCCUGGCGGAGACUGAUUUGGACAUUAUUGCAAAAUGUAGACCUUCAAACAUAAUUGAAGAAGAGGGUUUAAUUGAUGCGGAUGAGCCCAAAGUACUCUCUGUGAGCUGUGAGAACUCAUCAGAGAAUGCUAAAAAAGAAAUAAAGUCAUUGGAACUUAACGAGGCUGAUGAUGAGAAAGAGUUGGGUCUGCCAGAAGCCAAUUCAAUUGCUAGUUCUGAUACUCAGGACUCACAGAUGGCUCUCAAAUUUAGCUUCACUCUUCCCGCAUCUUGCUAUGCUACAAUGGCCAUAAGGGAGCUGCUGAAGACAUCAACAUCUGUUGCUUUUCAUAAAACCUUGAACCAAUGAAGUCAUGAAGAUGUAGGAUAUCUGGAAUUUUAUAAGUGGCCUUUCUGGGGAGAAAGAAAAGAAAAGGUAGCACACACAUAAAGAACGAGGGAUGAUCGGAGAAAUGCAAGUUCCUGCAAUGUACUUCUCCAUUGCUGGGAAGGUUCUGGGGCUUUUGGUGUCGGCUAUUACUGCUAUUUGUUUUGUACUGAGCUUGGAUCUCGGAGCUUGACCUGUUCUUUGUUGUCCCAGUCAUUUUGGUAUAAAGUUCGCUUUUGAUUAUUAUUUGAUUACUGUAUGAAAAUUUUAGGAUGUCACUUUAUUAGAUUUUAUUUAACAAAAUUUUUUUUUUUUUUUGAACAAUAAAUAUUCUCAUUUCCAUUUAACGGUUUGGAUUUAUCCAACUGAAAUACCACAUGGCCAAAAGAGCUACUUUCUAUC